ACCGUGGCGGACCCGAAUGCCCGGGGGCAGCGAAAUGCAACUCUCCCGUGGUUCUGGUCGCUAGACGUACAAGGCGAUUCUGUCAGCAGCGAUUGGAUGAAUGAAUUUUACAGGGUUCAUUGGCUUCGCACGAAAGCAUUAUGUGACCGAUGGGCGGAAGAACUCAUACUCGUUGAACAUGAAAUGGGGUGGACUCUGGAGUUUUUCCUCUUCAAAGCAAGCACGUGGUUGACAAGGCUCACAUCGAACAGCGAGGCACAAACGGAGGGACACAAGUGUUAUGCGAUUCGGCAGGCCCAUAUGUACCAAGAACUUGCCAAACACACACAGGCUGGCUUUAUAAAGACAAAUCCAACCUUCCGGCCAAUUUCUUAA